UCUUUUUGGACAAAUUUAGUUGUGAGUGAGGUUCAAGCACUGUUCCCCCCCCUCCCCAAUUUCCAUGCCAAUAUAAAAAAACUCUUCUUUGCACACCCCUUUUAUGUGAGAUAUUUCCCCCUGUUUUUCAUCUCCAUUCUCCCUUCUGUCAGUACAUCCCUCUUUUUUGCCUAUACAUUUUUGACAUCAUCUAAAAAUAAUUUACUCAUUUCCAUGGAGAAUCAUUCCAACUGCCCUAAUUCUGAUGAAGUUCUUGGAAGAUACAUGUAUCAUAUUCACUUGUGACUUCUCUUUUAUGUUUACCUUUUUAUGCUUCUCUUGAGGCUACUAUUUGAAAGUCAAAGUUUCUAUUCAUUUCUGAGCCCUUUUAAAAAAAUUAGGAAUGCCUAAAAGUGCUCUAUUUGGUUAAAUAUCCUUUGAACAAUUAUACCCAGUUUGUCUAGGCAGGUUGUAAUCUAAGCUCUUUACCCUCUGGAAUAUUAUAUUCCAAAUCCUCAACUGGUUUGACAUAAAAAGCUACUAAAUCUUGUGUGAUCCAAACUGUGUCUCUACAGUAUUUGAGUGAUUUGUUUCGGGUUUCUUCAAGUUUUUUUUUUCCCUUUGCCCUUAGCACUCCUGGGAGUUUUUAUUUGGGUAACUCUCAGGAUUCUUUCAAAUUUUAUUUUCCCUGAGGUGGACUAUUUUCCUUGAUAAUUUCAUGAAAUAUGCUGUCUAGGCUCUUUCUUUGAUCUUGGCUUUCAGGUAAUCCUAUAAUUUUAAAAUUAUCACUCAUUAACCUAUUUUCCAUGUUGGUUGUUUUUCCAAUAAGAUGUUUCAUAUUUUCUUUUAUUUCUUUUUCACUCUAUUGGCUUCAUUUUAUUGUUUCUUAAUGUCUUAUUGAGUGAUUAGCCCACAUUUGCCCAAUUCUAAUUUUUAAGAAAUUAUUUUCUUCAAUGACCAUUUGUACUACUUUUUUCCAUUUGACCUACUUUUCUAAGUUUCUUAUUUUCAUCAGUGACGUUUUUGUGCCUUCUUUUUUGUCAAGUCAUUAAUUUUACUUUCACAACUUUUCUUCUGUUACUUUCAAUUUUAACCUAAUUUUUCAUCUUUCAUUGUUAUUUGAGUUAGAUUUUUUUGGCUCUUCUAGGAAUUCCUUUUGGGCUUGUGCUCAGUUCACCUUUUUCUCUGAGGUUUUGUUUAUAGCUGGUUUGAUUAUCUUUUUCUGAUUUUGUGUCUUAAUCUUCCCUGUCACCAUAAUAGAUUUUAUGGUCAGGUUCUUUUUUGGUUGUUUGCUCAUUUUACCACCCUAAUUCUUGAUUUGGAACUUUAUAUUAAUGUUGUGCUCUUCUCUCAGAAAUAUGGAACACAAUAAUAAAAUUUUAAACACUAAAAACAAUAAUAUGAAUUAUUAGGGCAAGAUUUCUCUAUUUGACAAGAAUUUCUGUAAAAAUAAAAAAAGCAUUCUGGAAGAAAUUAGAUUUAGACUAACAUUUUGUACAAGUUUCCACAAAACAAUCAACACAGAUGUAUAUUAAAAUUAAAUCUUUAUACAAAUAUAUGUAUAUACACAUACAUAUACACACAUAUGAUAUCUCCAACAGCUAUGAGUAGGAGAUAUAUUCUUAACCACAUAAGAUUAGAGGUAAUUACAAAUGAUAAAACUGGUCAAUUUGAUUAUAUAAAGGAAGGAAAUAAAUAUUUAUAAAGUGCUUUAAUUAACUUAUUCAGUGCCCUUCCAAAUUACCCAAGAAUAAUUUUCUAGAGCUAGAAAAAAUAAAAACAAAAUUUAUCUGGAAAAUCAAAAUAUCAAGGAUAUCACGAGAAUCAGUGAAAAAAAUCUUUAAAAAAUCAUUCUAACAGUUCAAAAUUUCAAAUUAUAUUACAAAAACAUAUGAAGUACUUGGAGGGAAUUAAUAAAAAUAUAAGCAAGAAAGAAGCCUAGUCAUAUCAGAUCUCAAACUGUAUUAUAAAGUGGUAACCAUUAAAACAAUCUAUUACUAACUACAAAUAGAGUAGUGGAUUGAUGGAAUAGGUUAGAUAAUCAAAACACAGUAGUAAAUGACCAUAGUUUUAUGAUACAAAUUGAUAAUAAGGAUGGAAGUAUGAAUGUAGAGGAGAAAUUAUUGAAAGAGAGAUGGAGGUAGAAUUGAUAGGAUAUGGCAAGUGACUAUAUGAUGAGAAGAAAAUAAGAGAAUUAAAAAUAAUUGAUUUUACAAAUAUGGGUAACAAAAUGGACAACUGUGGCCUUGACAAAAAUGGGAAUUCUAGAGAAAAGUUAGGAAGAUGAAGAGGUGUUUUAGAUAUGUUGAAUUUGUAGUGUCAUUGGACUCCCAGGUGAAGUACGGACUACUAGGCACUUGGUGAUAUGAGACUGGAAUGCAGCUAAGGAUAGAUAUAUAAAUUUGGUAAUUCCCUGUGUGUAAAUUAUAAUUGAAAUGAUGAGAUAGAUAAAGUUGCAAAGCAAAAAUACUUAGAUGAAGGGCUAGGAUAGAAUCUUGAGAAGAACACUUACCUUUAAGGAAUAAAAGAUUGAUGUUAAUCCAAUAAAGGAAUCAGAAGGAGUGAUCAUACAGGUUGAUGAGAAAUGAGGAAAGGGCAGCAGCAUGAAAACCAAGGUCAAUCAUAUCAAAAGCAACAGACAGCUCAUGGAGGAUGAAGACAGAGAAAAUCCUACUAGAUUUGGCCACUAGGAUUUCCUUGGCCUCCUUGGAGAGAAAAGUUUCAGUAUAGUGAUGAUAGGAUUAGAAGUCACAUUGCAAGAUGAUGAGAAUUGAGCAGGAGAUGAGAAUAUGGAGGCAAUAGAUAUUUAUGAAUUUGACUUUGAAAAGGGAAAAAAUGUAACUUUAUGGGAAGUUUUAUUUUGUUUAUUUACAUAUGGGAAACCAGAACAGUAUUAUUUUGGCUUUGUUGUUGGAAGUAGGGAAAUAACUGUGAGGUAAGGAAAGAUUGAAAUGACAAAAUAAGGGAAUUAUGGCUAGACAGAAUGCUAGAAAGAAGGGGCUUUGAUGAAGGGUUUAAACAAAGAUGUUGCUUUAACACAGAGUAAGAGAUAUCUUAUGAAUCUGGAAAAGAAAACUUGUGAUGAAACAGAGGGUUGUGAAACAGGAGAAAAAGGGAGUACAAAGACAAAGAGCCAAUUUUCUCAGUAAGAUAUAAAGUCAGGUGCUUGUUUGGAGAAGUAACAGAUGUGACCAUCUGCUGUAGACAUUUCAAUGUCCUCUCAGAAAGAAUACUGGACACAUUGCUCCACAACAGCCAUGGACCCAGAGGAGCUCCUAUAUUGUCCAUUUUAAAUAAACCCUAUCUCAGAUUGGCAUGACUUCCUCCAGCAAAAGAUCAUGGAUAGGUGUGAAUGACCAGAUAAAGACGAGCCCCAAUGAAGCGCAGUAGAGGAGACAGGUUACUCUCUCUUUGAGGCACAGAAACACUGGGAGAAGUCCAGAUUGUUUAGGAAAUAGGCACUGGGAUAUGGAAAUAUUGAUUAGAGCCAACAACACCUUGAUUUACCCCUGAAACAGAUGGCAUAUCCUAAGAAUAUUGAAGAUCUAGGCUCACAUUUGACCUCUGUCACAUUAUGGCUUUCGUUCCCUCCUCCCUAGAACAGGAUGGAGCUGAACCUUUGCUGCACAUACCUAUGUCUUCUCUGAGGGUUAGUUUUGGGUAUGAUAAUUCUCUUGGCACUCAACUCUCUUCCCUGCCUUUUCCCUCUCUGAAAACUAAAUCGAAUACACUGUUAUAAAAAUUAGCUUACUUUCAUCUUAGGAGCAAAAUUAUUGUUUUCAAAUUUGGUGCUUUUCUUUUCUACUUUGUAGAAUUUCUACCAAAUGAAAAGUUAUUAAUACAAUCACAAUAGCUGAAAGUCUCCAGUUAUGAAAAUUCCUGAUUUCCAGAGGAAAAAAAAAAUUGUGCUCUCUGCCCUAAAUCAAACCUCAAACUUUGCAUAUUUUCAGUCAGUCAAAUCCCUAGUUUCUUUCUUUCCAGUUUUCUCAGUACACUGACUAUAUAUUAGUACAAGUUUUUUAAUUGUCUCUAUCUCCUUUAAUCAACUCAGUUCUCUUUUCUCUGUCUCUGUCUCUCUGUUUCUCUCCCUGUCUCUUUCUCUCUCUCUGUGUGUCUCUCUGUGUGUCUCUGUCUGCCUCUCUCUCUCUCUCUCUCUCUCUCUCUCUCUCUCUCUCUCUCUCUGUAUUGUCCACUGUCAUGGCCAUCAUUUUGAUCCAGGAUAGCUUGAUGAGGUUCAUUCAGGGCUGAAGGAAGGCCUUAUCACUGACUCCUACUUAAAUCAUGUUGCCCCAGUUCUUUUUUCUCAUGUUCUUCUCUAUUUUUAGGCUUUUCUUUUGACAGCUCUGUACAUCCAUCCCAGAACCCCUAACUCAUGUACACCUUUUGGUUCAAAGAUUGUGAUGAUCUAAUUUACUCUUAGAGUAGAGAUGGGCUUGUUUAUCUCUCUGAAUUAAAAGGCUCAGAAAGACAAUUUAUGAAUAUUAUACUUUGAUUUGGUAGUAUUUUACUUAUAUUACUGUAUGAUAAAAACCAUUCUACAAAGAUAUAUUUACAUAAAUAUUUAUUCUAUAAAUCCAAUGAUACCAUGGCAAAGAUAACUAAGAAUAUUUCAUUUUUCAUCUAGAGACACAUCCUCCUCCUUAGCACCAAAGAAUAAAGAAUACAUUUUUCUCAUCUUUUUCCUGAGCAGGAAAUAUCUUGAUUCUUUUUAAGGCAAUUAGAUAAAAACUUAAAGAAUUCUUUGAGACUUUUUGGCCACAUGGUUCACGGUUGCACAUAAUGCUGGUUCUUCACUGGGAAAGGUAUAGACAUUAGUAAAGCUGAAGUUCUUAAGCAUUUUGGGGGAUUACUUGGUGACAAUAGCUCUUUGACAAAAGCUAGGAUGAGACUAACCUUAGUUUGUACUCUUGGAAAUCCUGAAGACCUUGGAAAAUUCCACAUCUUGCCUCCAUGAAUUAUGAAGAGAAUUUUUUUGAAGAGGCAAGAGUAAUUGUAGAGACAGCUUGGUAGCACAAUGGAUAGAACACUAGACCUGGAGUCAGGAGGACUUGUGUUUAAAACUGGCCUCAGAUAUUUCCCAGCAGUGUGACCCUAGACAAGUCACUUAACACCAAUUACUUAACCCCUACCACUCUUCUGCCCUAGAAUUUAUUCUAAGAAAGAAAAGAUUCUUUUUAAACCCUUACCUUCCAUAUUAGAACCAAUACUGGGUAUUUGUUCUAAGGCAGAAGAGUGGUAAGGGCUAGGCAGUGGAGGUUAAGUGACUUUACACAGCUGGGAAGUGUCUGAGUCCAGAUUUGAACCCAGGACUUCCCAUCUCUGGGUCUUACUCUCAAUAUAUUGAGCUACCCAGCUGCCCCCAAGAAAAGGUUUUAACAAAGAAAAGUAAUUGUUAAUAAAUAUUUGAAAGAAUGAUGGGUACCUUGAAAAGUCAGUGAUACAAAAUAAUUUCACUUGUAGGUAAUACUUCACACUCCCAUACAUAUUUUAUGUACUUAGAUUACUUUACUUUUAAAGAAAUUAGUUAUUAAUCAUGUGAAGUUGGCUAUAAAUUCUUUUAGUUUUUUUUUAAAAUUCUGAGUAAUGAUUAAGUAAAAUGAAAACUGAGAAAAGAUCAUUAUCAUGGUAGAUAUGAGAGUAAGCAAGGCAAUAAACAUUUAUUAAAUACUUACCAUGUGUCAGCACUGUGCUAUGCACCGAGGAAUAUGUAUGAAAGUGAAAAGAGAAAAUCUUUGUCCUCAAGAAGCCUAAAAUUUAAUGAGGGAUGACAACAACACACAAAAGAAAUCAGAAAUAACAGAUUACAUACUCAUGCAGGUAUGGUGGCAAAGUCUAGAAAGUAAAAAAUACUGAGCAAAGAGGGGAAUAAAGUUUGGCUAACCUGAGAUGCUUAUAAAAAUAGAAUGCACCAAUGGGAGGAAUGAUGUUCCACUAAAAAGAGACCACAGGCAAUGAGGGAAGUUCCAAGGGGAGUUAGCAUCUAAGUAAUGGUGUCAAAGUACAGUUCAGCAUUGAAGAGUAUGUAUAUUUCAGAUGACGAAGCCCUUGGUGCUAUGGGAUAAUUGAUGAGCAUAGAGCAGUUUCUGUCUAGAUUAGAAACCAAACUGCAAGAGGUUGAAAGGAUAGUUAGAGAUGAGAAAAUGGAAUCUGCUAUUGUAAAGAAUCCAUUUUAGGUAUUUGUACAUGAGAGGAAAAGACAUAAAAUGACAACUAAAGAGGACAGGGGUGAAAGACAGCAUUAUAUGAUAUAUAUUUAAAGGCAGCCAUAGUUAAGGAGACUAAGAUUAAAGAAUAAUAAGGGAUGGUGGCAGGGGAAAUCUUCCAAAGGAGAUGGGAUAGAAUUAGAUCAAAAGCUCAGGUGGAAGGGCUCACCAUGUUAAGAAGAAUGACCUACCUCUUUGUUAGAGACUGGAACAUGGGAAAAAAGAAAAAUAAUAUAAAAGAAUCAGAAGUGUGUGAUAGGAGAGAACUGGGAGGUCAUAAUGGGUAGCAUCAACUUUUUUUUUGGAUAAAGUAAAAGGCUAUAUUCUCUGCAGUAAAAGAAUUGGAAAUGUUUAGUGAAGAAGACUUGAAGAAAACCAAAAAAGUUUGGAAAAAUCUUUGAGGUAGGUAGUUUAGAGAAUCAUUAAGAGGAUAAUUAAUAAGCAAUGAGGUCUCAUUUGAAAUUAGAUACUAUACAUUUGUAAUAAACCCAGUCACUAUGAUUGAUUGAUUUCUUCCAGUAUUAUUCAUAAGAAAAGGAUUAGGAAUGGAGAAGGUGAUGGGUGAGGAUAAUAUAUGGUAUGUGUGGCAAGAAGAAGAGGAAUCAAGAAAAUCAAGGAUAAAGAAUAAUAUAUAGUUAAACUGGUGCACCAUAAUGAUCAAAACUGUGAACCAAAGAAAGGGAGAACAAAGUGUUGGUAAAGAAAUAUGAGAAAAGGGAAGAUUUGAAGGAUUGUAACAUUUUGGUGAAGAAAAAUAGCAAGCAAUUUAAAUAGAGGGAGAGAAGGAAGUAUUUAAGGUUGUGAUCCUAUUGGGCAAUUUCAGAGAAUUACAUCAUGGAGAUACUAGUUAUAGGUGUCAAUGAGAUCAUAGGAAUAAUCAUCCUUUUGAGUGUUUAAGGUGGAAUGAAGGUUCAGGUCUUGGAAUUGAAGAGUCAAGACCUGGGUGUUUAAGGGAUUAUCUAUUUACUUUGAAGCUCUUCAGUAUUAAAACAGAUAUUAAUAUAAAGAAAAAAGACAACAGUAAUUAAACCUCUGAAUUCUUCAUCUUUUUGCCCUUGGCCAGCAUUCUUUAAUAUUUUGUAUGAACCUAGUUGGGAAUAUAAGCCCUAGAUAAAUGUUAAACUCCAUGGUAACUUAAAAUCUUAUCUGACUUAUGAAAUAAUACCAUUUUGAAGGCUUAGAACAAAAUUCUCCAAACUUUGGCUUGACUAGACUUUGAGAAAAAAAUUAGCAUGCACACCCAAUAUGUGUAUUUUACUUGUGAAUUAAUUAUAUGUAGUAAUGUAUUAAAAUUAGGUACAUUAUUAAACUUCAACACAAGUAGACAUUUUUAAAGUUUGAAGUGAAAUAACCUUUCAUCCUUGAGCUGAUAGGGAAUUACUGGAGUUCAUACAAAAGAACAGUAUCAUUGUGUACCUGAACUUUAGGACUUUAUCAGUUUUGUGGAAAAUGGAUUCUAGUUCUGAGGGACUUCAAAGGCUUAAUAACAGAGAUGUGAAAUUCAUCUAAUAAAAAUCUAGAAAAUCCUACAGAAAGUUAUAAAUUUGUCCAAAUACAUAACUUCUUUGUUUAAAAGAAUGGUUCUUCUGCCUCUGGAAAACUCUGGACAGCACAUCUACUUACUUUGAAAGGGAACUUAAGUUUAACCACCAGAUGGCACCCAUUCUCCUAGCCUUCACAUUUAAAAGUUUGAACUUUUCUUACUGGUAUUUUUUUUUGAAAUUUUUAUUUAAUUAAUUUAGAAUACUUUUCCAUCAUUACAAGAUUCGUGUUCUUUCCCUCCCUUCUACAACCUCCCUCCCGUAGCUGACACACAAUUUGUCUGGAUUUUUUCAUAUGUCAUUGAUCAAGACGAUUAAUAUUUGCACUAGGGUGAUCAUUUAGAGUCUAUAUCCCCAAUCAUAUCCCCAUCGACCCAUGUGACCAAGCAGUUGUUUUUCUUCUGAGUUUCUACUCCCACAGUUCUUUCUCUGGAUGUGGAUAGCAUCUUUCUCAUAAGUCCCUCCGAAUUGUCCUUGAUCAUUGCAUUGCUGCUAGUAGAGAAGUCCAUUACAUUUGAUCUUAUUGAUAUUUUUUAAAAAAAUUAUAACCCUUACCUUCCAUCUUGGAAUCAAUUCUGUGUGUUGGUUCCAAGGCAGAAGAGUGGUAAGGGCUAGGAAAUGGGGGUCAAGUGACAGCUGGGAAGUAUCUGAGGCCAGACUUGAUCCAAGGACCUCCUGUCUCUAUGCCUGGCUCUCAAUCCACUGAGCUACCCAGCUGCCCCCCCUUACGAGUAUUUUUAAUGAUAAAUGUAAUAUGCCCAUAUUAAACUCUUUACUAUUAACAAUAAACAUUAAUUUUUCCUAGAUUAUGAAAAAUUAUCAAAUAAUAGGAAACAUUUAAAAUAAAUAUAAAUAUGAUUUAUUUCUUAAUCAGAAUUGAAACAAACACCAAGCAAUUGGAGCUAUGCCUCAAAUAUUUACAUCAUGGGGGGUUAUUCACACUUUUAGGGGUUUACUUCCCACUCUACUCUCAUAUCCUAAUGUCAGACAUCUGACGCUUUACUGGGUCCUUUAAAGGUUCCUGACCUGAAGUCCCAGAACAAUAUUUAUUCAUUCAUUUAUUUAUUUAUUUAUUUUUUAAUUUUAUUUGAUCAUUUCCAAGCAUUAUUCAUUAAAGACAAAGAUCAUUUUCUUUUCCUCCCCCCACCCCCCAUAGCCGAUGCAUGAUUCCCCUGGGUAUCAAAUGUGUUCUUGAUUCGAACCCAUUGUCAUGUUGUUAGUAUUUGCAUUAGAGUGUUCAUUUAGACUCUCUCCUCUGUCAUGUCCCCUCAACCGCUGUAGUCAGGCAGUUGCUUUUCCUCAGUGUUUUUACUCCCACAGUUUAUCCUCUGCUUAUGGAUAGUGUUUUUUCUCCUAGAUCCCUGCAGAUUGUUCAGGGACAUUACACCGCCACUAAUGGAGAAGUCCAUUACUUUUGAUUAUACCACAGUGUAUCAGUCUCUGUGUACAAUGUUCUCCUGGUUCUGCUCCUCUCGCUCUGCAUCACUUCCUGGAGGUUGUUCCAGUCUCCAUGGAAUUCCUCCACUUUAUUAUUCCUUUUUUCACAAUAGUAUUCCAUCACCAACAUAUACCACAAUUUGUUCAGCCAUUCCCCAAUUGAAGGGCAUCCCCUCGUUUUCCAAUUUUUGGCCACCACAAAGAGCGCAGCUAUGAAUAUUGUUGUACAAGUCUUUUUCCCCAUUAUCUCUUUGGGGUACAGACCCAGCAGUGCUAUGGCUGGAUCAAAGGGCAGACAGUCUUUUUUCCCCUUUUGGGCAUAGUUCCAAAUUGCCCUCAAGAAUGGUUGGAUCAGCCAGAACAAUAUUUAUUGAUAGAUUGAUAGAUAGGUACAUACAUACCCACAUAUAUAUACAUACAUGCAUGUAUACAUAGUUGCAUAUUAAAUGCUUAGGUUUGCUAAAGCUUUACACUCCCAUAUUCUACUCAUCAAAAUAUCAGUUUAUGAAAAAAGCAGAAUGGUAUGGUAGAAACCACUUUUUAGUAAGUCAGGGGGACUCAACCCUACUUCUGUUCUCCCAUGACUGCUCAUUCCUACUAAGGCCAGAAUAUACUACUUUUAAUUCUAUUUCAUUAAAAGGUUAUAAAGAAUAUUAUUGUGAAUUAGUGGAAUUAUCCAAGAAAAUAAAAAUAGAUGACUUACAUAUAUCAUUGUGAUGUGCCAAUAUAAUAUAAUAAAAUAAUAUUAUCUAAAUAAAUGUAUAGACUUCAUAUAGAACCAAUGAAUCUACCAGGUGAGUUGGUUAUUUUAUAGUUUUAUAAAAAAUAAAAGCAAAAUUCAUUUUAGGAGUUUGUGAGGGAAUAGUCCAUUUAUACUUUGUUGGUGGAUCUUUGAAAUGGCAUUUUGGAAUCAUUUUGGAAACCAAUUUAUAAUUAUGCAAAUGAAGUGACUGGAAUGUCUGUACCUUUGAACCAGAGACUAUUACUGGGCUUAUUCUCCAAGGAAGCCAUAAAUAAAAAGAAAGUCUCCAUGUACUCCAAAAUAUUGAUUCCUUCCUUUUUUAUGAUAGCUAAGAAUUAGAAGCAAAGUAGAUGCCCACCAACUGGGGAAAGGCUAAAUAAAUUGUAUUACAUAAAUGUAAUGGAAUAGAAAUGUGUCAUAAAAAUUGUGUGCGGAAUACAUGGAAGCAUGAAAUUGUUACAGAGUGGAGUAAUCAGAGUCAAGAAAAUGAAAUGUACAGUGACUAUAACAACAUGAAGAACAAAUUCCAAAAUGUCAUAGAAAGAAGUUAUGAUCAAAACAAUUUGAAACUGGUAAAAACACAAAGAUAGAUUAGUAAGUAAGCAAAUGAAAUAAUUUGAGCAAUAAUUGAAUUCUAAUUAAUAAGGGGUUCAAUUCAAUUUUAUAGGUGUUUACUAAGUACUUCAUGAUGUUCUGGUAAAUGUUUAACAAUGAACUUCAAAGGAGAAAAAUAUCUUCAUGGCAUACAUUUAAGUUUGAUCUUCACUAUUGACAUUUCCUCAGUCACUUUCGUAAGCCUAGACAACCAACAACCCAAUAAAUGACGUCCUAAUUUGUAGCAUAUAUAGAUUUUUGAGGUAAAAAUGCUAACAUUGAUAAUGUAACAACCAGCUCUCCUGAGUCAGAAUAAGCUGAUUCCAGAAAACUCUAAAAGGCUCAAUGCUAAAUAAUGGGAAUACAAAGAUAAAAAUGAAGCAGUCCUUGAAAUCAAGAGUUUUAUAUUCUACUGACUGAAGUAGCCAUAAUGCAGAACAUGUUAACUGACCUAAGCCUUAAAAGAAGACAGGUAAAAUCAACAAGCACCUACUAUGUGCAAGGUACUGUACCAAGUGUUGGUGAUACAAAUGAAGACCUAAGAAAACAAAACAGAACAACAGCGACAACAAUAAAAAAAGUCCUUUUGCCCAAGUAGCUGAGUCUAACCAGGGAGACAAUACACAAACAGUUAUGAGUUUUAAAAAAAGAGAAAUUAGAGGUAGUACAGAAUAGAAAUAACAAAAUCAACUAGAAACAAUCCACAUAGCAGCAGCCUUAGCACUAAAGGAUAUGGUAGAAGAUCUCUGGCAGAAGGUGGCAUUUUAUCUGGGACUCAAAGGAGCCCUGGAGAUGGUGAUAAGGAAAGUCUUAUGAAAUGAUUUGCCUGAGGUCACUUGUGUAAUAAGCAUCCACAGAUAUGAUAGAUGAGCUCAAGGAAGCAUAGGAAAUUACCUUCAAUAUAGAGACAGAAUUCAAACCAACAAGCAUUUAAUAAGUGACUACUAUGUACCAGACACAACAACUAGAGUUUUUUUUUUAAGAUCUCAUUCUCAAGGAGCUUCCAAAAUAAUGAAAAGAAAUGAAGACGACUAAAAACCAAGUCAUGGUGUUACAAGGGAAUCACUUUAAAAGACUGAUAUAUAUUAAUUUAAGGUCGCCAAGGAAUUCAGCUAUGUAAUUCCUAAAUGAAAACUCAAGUUUGCAGUCAAUCUUUUAUGGAGUUUAAUUACAAUAGGAGGAAGAAAGGAAUUAGAGAUAGAGAGAGAGAAAAAGGGAGAGAAAGGAAUAGGGCUUAAAUACCCCUUCUGUUUAGGCUGGGCCAAAAGGCCCAAGCCCUUAGAUAGCUGGGGAAAAGAAAGGAGAUCACUCCCUAUUACUCACGUGACCAAAAUGGAGAAACAGUCUCAGGGGCCCCCACCUUCAGCUUCCUUCAGAGCAAGCUUCUCAGAGCACACACCAACCACACCGACCAACUCCUCCACCACCCCCGAGUCUUCAGACUCCCCUAUCUUUAAGGAAACCAUCCAAGUUGCCUCCCGUCAGUCCUCACAUCUACCAAUCACCUGUCCAUCAAUUUCCCUGUGCUAAUGGAGGCUCUAGCUUAAACCCAGGACCGCCCAGAAGUCUCUGGCUUUUGCACAUGUCUGUUGAAGGUCAUAUUUUCAAAUAAUUAAAUCUUUGAUCCUUUGCUACAGCCCUUUCUAAAUCCUGUUAACCUGAGUAGGGUAGAGAUUGGAAUAAUUAAAUUUUGAUCUAGGCUGCAGCCCUUACUCAAUCCUGUUAGGACUGAAUAGGGUGGAGAUUGAUUCCAAGUAUCUCCAUUGUAUCAAUUCUAAAAUCAAUCAUGACUCACAGAAAUUCCUGUUCUAUGCUUAAGCAUAGGUCAAAGUCCUUUCCAUUGUUCAGCAAAAGGUUUCUGUCCUAAAGUAACCUUAAGAAGGGAAGAGAAGGAACCUCCCAUGCCAAUGGGGUUCCCAUUCCAAUAGACUAUCAGUAAGAAAUUUUCCAAGUAUGAAAUAUCCCAAUGGUGAAAUUUCCAACAUUUAUAAGUCUAAGGAAUUUUGAGGUUUACAAUGGAGGAGAUAUACACUAAGGAGAUAGAUGAUGAUCUAGGCAAGGAUUCAGGGAAGAUGUUUUUAGACUGGAAUGAGAAGAACAAGAUGUAUAAUAUCAUAAACAACCAGGUGCCACUAAAAGCAUGACCUGAUUUCAUGUUUCGAGUUUGUUUUAUAGCUAGUGAUCUAUCUGGAUGUGAAUAUAGAUUGACAUUUGUCCUCUUCAAAUCUUUUCCUUUAACUUCUCUAGUUUCAGACCAGGCAAUUAUCCUGUGCCCACAAUUUUUCUCUUGUUUUAUUAGAUACAGUAGUGGGAUUAGCAAAGAUACGCUGACCUGCUCACUAUUCAUUAUGAAAAUUAUUUGAUCUGUCUUGGACUUCAGGGAAAAUUCAGUAGGAGCUGUGUAAUUAGAGAAUAUAAGCAUCACCUUAAUUGUUCCUUCAGGGCCUCAUUUGAGUUUAAGUUUAAAUUGAUAUCCCAAGUGUCCAUUAGAGGUGACGUAGAGAAUGUCUAGUUCUGGUUACAAAUCUUAAGCAUUCUCCACUUCUAGAUUAUUUAUUCCUUGACUAGCUACCAUUUCAGGUUCUUAUUUGUUCUUCCUAAUUUUUAAUUCUUGAUGACUACAUAAUGGAAGUGCUUUUACUUUGGAAUAGGGAGAGAGUUUCGUGGUCUAGAGGAAAUGGUCAAAAAUAUUUUUUCAUGUAAGUUGUACCUUCCUACAAUGAUUAGAUAUUUAUUCUAUCUAAAGUUUUUAUUUAACAUUUUUAAUGGAGCUCUUUCAGGUGAUAAUGUUGGAAAAUGUCAUUUUUUUUUGGUAUUGUGGAAAGAUUAAAUUAAUUUAAACCAGGUGUUGGAUUUGAUUGUUGGUUUUUCAUUUCUGAGUUAUAUGUAUUGAGGAAAGACAUCUAGACUAAACCAGAAAAAGAAAAUGGGAAUACUGAGAAAAAGAGUAACUCAAUUACAGUCUGCUUGCUUUAAAACAAACCUAGUAAUUUGUUGCAAAAGAACAAUUUGCUUUUGUGUCAUUAAAUGAGAAAUAUUUGAGAAAUGUGAACUAUCCUCAGGAUUUUUUUCUGCAGAACUUUAUUUUUAAUAUUUCAGUCAAAGUAGGACAAAUGAAAAAAUCACUGGGGAUAGCCAGUAGAAGCAAACUUAGGGAAUUCAAGUUGAAGGACUAAAGACAGGGGGAAAUUUAGCCACAGGCCCUUCCUUUUAUCCAUAAAAUGAAGACAUUUUAUGAGGAAAGUAUAUGAUAUAUUUUUCACUCUGAGCCUCAGUUUACUCAUCAGUGAAAUAAAAAUAAUAUGCUACAUAUCACAGAAUUUUGUGAGGAAAGCUCUUUGCAAACUAUAAAUUUCAUUGGUUCUUUUUAUAAUCGUGAUGAUGAUGAUGAUGAUGAUGCCCUUCUGGAUUAUAUAGGUCUAUAAGGGGAAAUCUUCAAUUGUUCCUCUAUUGACUUUGUAUCUAUGGUUGAAUGUAGUCAGAAAUAUUUAAAUUUGACUUCUUUUAAGCACACUCAUGAUAUCCUUUCAGCGAGGAACUUUUCUCUAAUGGUUCUCUUUAGCAAAAGCUUAUUGAUUUAUAUUCUUAAAGAGUUGCCUGGAGCAUUGGGAGAUUUAAGUGACUAGCUCAGGGUCAUAUACCAAAUCUUUGUCAAAGGAACCCUGGCCUUCCUGACUUUUAGGAGCCAGCUCCCAAUCCAUCAUGCCAAACUUUUUCCAGAUACUUAUUUAAUUCAUAAAUGCUAAAAAUAGGAAUAAAGUUUCAUCAUAAUAUUUUACUCUAGAAUUUACAAAGUGCUUUUCUUGUCACUAUGAGAAAUGGUCUCUCUGAUUAUUAUGAUUCUCGAUUGGUUGCCCAUUUACGCUGAACCUGACAAAUCAAUUUACAUUGGCAUAGUUUCAUUUAUUGUCUCAUAGUAAUAACAUGGUCAUAAUGGAAUUAUGCUUCUCAAUUAGAUUUUCAUACAACAACCCCAGUAAGGCAGCUUAUAUCAGUACAAACCAUCUUUAUAAUUUAUAAUCAUUAAUAAGGAUUUGUAAGGGACAGAAAAUGAUCAUUUUCUAAACAAUGGAGGCAUAAACACAUAGCAUGUUAAAAUAAAAAAACCAACUAUUUUAUACUCAUUCAGGAAUGCACAUUUAUUUAUUUAUAUAUAUGCACAUUUUAUUUAUUUAUUUUAAACUUUCAUCAUUUGUUAACUUUUGGGGAAUGGCUAGUCCUUUUUUCUAUAAUUCACAGCUUUGUUGAUUUCAAACACAGAACCAAACAUAUAUACAUAUACCUUCUAUGAUCCCAAAUGUAUUUGCCUUAUUUUCAACACUAUUUUAUUUUUUCUUGCUACUUAUAGUACUCAAAUCCUGACCUAAAAAGUUAUUAUAUCUAGGAAAGCAGAAAAAUUGGACUGGGGUGAUGGUGAAAAAAGAAGGCUGCUUUUAAAUGGCUUAACAAAAAAUACUAAUUCUUCAUUCUGAGCCUGCUUUAGAGUAUCAGAGAAAAAGAGGAAAAGAGAGACCUCUAGACUAAUGGAAUUUUCAAUAGCUGUAGCUUAGGGUGAUUGUCUUGAGAGAAGGGAUAGGAAACUGAUGACACCUCCCUUUGAUGAAGAUCUUGGCUUUAAAUAAUUUCAGAGUCCUUUGCAACUUCCUCUUUGUGUCUCUAUGUUCCCUUCUAUUUUGUGUGACCCUAGAGGCAUCUUAGGUGGAGACCAUAUAGAUAGAGGCUUGAAGUCUAGACACACCAAACACUGAGAACUUAAAGUCAUGAUGACCCCUUGCUUAACAUCAGUUCUGAUUCUAUCUUUCACCCACUGAGUAUUCCUUUGUGUUCCUCAUUGUCAGAGAUCAUGAAAUGCUGGCCACCGGCCAGACUGAAGGAUGGUAGCUCCCUGACUCACAUGGGAGACAAAACACCAUUAGGAUUACAUUAUUAUCAGAAGGUAGCAAAUAAGGUUCUGAGAAAUGAAGUUGUUUUACCAAAUUCAAGGUCAAUAAGUGAUCAUGGAACAACUGGAAGAGUUAGACGCAAUGUUUGACAUAAUGGCAGUCAUUGAGUCAACAAAUUAUUAAUCAUUUACUAUUUUAUAAAGACUAGAUAGUAAUUGCUCCACACCAGAAAAACCUAACAAGGGGUCAGCAAUAUUGACGGUAUUCCUCCCUCCUCCCAUAAAAGCACACAGAGUGGAGUCACCAGACAGUAUUUAUCAGUAGUAGAAGACAGUUAAAAGGCAGUAGGUAUUCUCAAAGGUCUCUUUGAUCAAGAUGUUUGUCAUCAGUUAUUUGACUGAAUAUAUCAAAUCAAUUAGCACAAAUGUAGGUAAAAGCCUGGCUAUUUCUCUACCAACCAGAAUGACUUCUGGAGGGCCUUUUUUCUUACUUUAAUGUCAUAGAUUCUAAAAUACAUUGCUGAAAUAAAGUCCCUUUUAUUUUAUGACUCAAAAAGAUUUUAAUUUAUAUAAUCCUCGUUUAUAAUGCUUCUGCUGAUACUGUUAUUAUUCAUUUGGUUAGUUAUCCUGUAUAUACUUAGUUACUGUUAUUUUCUAGGCAUCUAGCUAGCCACUGAGCAUACAAAAUAUGAAAAUUCUGCAGGGGAUUCAGCAUUUUUCUGAAAGUAAUAGAGAAGACAAUGUCUUCUGAAUGCCAUGUCUUAUAGGUAUUUGCAUAAAAGAUUAUUGAAUCCAUGGAAGCUGAUGAGGUAAUCUUUUAUAUGGGGAAAAAAGAACCAAGAAUUGAACCUUGUAGUACACCCACAACUAGAGGUCAUGGAAUAGAUAAUCAUUUAGCAAAAAGAUUGAGAAAGCUCAGACAAUUAGGAGAAAUUGGAGAGAAUAAUAUCAUAAAAGUCCAAAGAGGAGAGAUAAUCCAGGACAAUAGAGUGGUCACUAAUUUUAAAUGGUACAUAGACGUUCAGAAGGGUCAGGAUUGAGAAGAUCUCAUUAAACUUGGUAAUUAAAACAUUAGUCAUAAGUUUGGGAAGAGCAGUUUUAGUUGAGUGAUGAAAUCAGAAGCCCGAUUACAAAGGACUAAAAAAUUAGUUAGUGGAGAGCUAGUGGGGACACCUAGUAUAUAUAGCUUUUUAAAAGAUGUUUGAGUGAGAGCAUAAGAUAUAGGAUGAUAGUGGAUAUUAGAAUCUGGUACAGAUUGUUUAAAAAUGGAUAAACAGGUGGGCAUGUUUGUAGGCAGCAGGAAAGGACCCAGGAGGUAAAAAUUAAAUAUUUAAAAAGGAAAUGAUAUUAAAGGCAAUCUCCUAGAGAAGACAGGGUGGGGAGAAAUAGAAUCAAGGACUUCUGUUGAAGAAUUGGCCUUCAUCCAUCUCUUCCCAGACAGUGGAAUAAAUGAAAAAAUAAUAGAAGAUCUAAUAGAGGUUCAUACCAAUUGUCCAUGCCUGAUCCUUAACUUGGAAAACAAAGGAUAAAGGCUGAGAAGUAGAGGGGAAAAGAAAUGAAAGAAGUGGUGUCAGUUUUCUUAGUAAAAUUUGUCAUAAGAUUCUCAAUUGAAAGUGUGAGUCAAAAGGGUUCAAUAGGUGGUUUGAAGAGGCAAUAGUAGAUUUGGAUUAACCACUUCAAUGAAUGAGAUAAAAAUCUGUUUGGAAGGAUUCAGAGAAUUACCUUGCUUCAGUAAUGUCCUAAAUAAGAUCCAGUAGCAUAAAUCUGUAGUGCACUCUAUCAAAAUAAUUCCAUUAUUGCCUUCAACUCCAUUCACCAAUCAAUAUGUCAAAAAAGAGAAGAUAUAAAGUAUAAUUGGCUCAAAGUUGGAACUUGACAUACCCUGAAGAGCAAGAGAACAAAGAAGCAAAUGAUUUGAGAGCAGAGGAUAAUGCAAAACGUUCCUGAGUCAUUAACGGAUUGAAAUUGGAAAAGGAAUAACAUAUAGCCACAGCUAAAGCAAUGGCUUGGGCAAUUAUUGAAGGGUAGAGGGAUUGCAGCUUGUGAUGAGGAUAAAGAAUAGUUUUAAGACGAAUAAAGGAUAGUGAGAGAUGUACUAAUAGACUAUCAUAAUCAGAUAAAUACUUUCAAAGUUGAUCAUCAUAGAAGUGGGAAAUUUGUGAGUGAUGACAACAUUGAGACUGUGUCGAUCCCUGUAUGUAGCCAAGGUAUAGUAUAGGAUAUUGAAUAUUGGUGAUGGAUAUUGAGUGUAUUGAUGAACUAGUUAGUCAGAAUAUUUCAAGUAACAUCAACUUGUAAAUUCAAGUUCUCUAGUUCAAGAACAGUAGCUGGAGGUAGGAAACUAUAAGCCAAGCAUGGUAUACAUUGGUGAAAGAGGGAGAAUUUCCUUUAGUCCAUAGAAAAUAGGUAUCAAGAUUUAGAAUGAGUGAAAAAGUUGAGGGAAAUUUAAAGGAGGUGAAGUUGCUAAGAGAUGGCAGUAGGGGAUGUCUAGAAGUAGCAAUAGAAAUCAAAGAGUAUUCUACUUCUGUCUGCAGGACUAUUAAGUUGAGGAUAUGAGAAAGUAUAAUCAAUAUAGGAAAAGAUGAGUAAGGAUGCAUUAUCAUCUCAUAAAGCUAGAGUUCAGUGAGAAUCAGAAUGUGGAAGCAGAAUAAGAAGAAGCCUAGAAUAAAGCAGUUGGUAAAUUAUAGUGUGGGAACUCCAAAGGGUAUAGUGGAUGAUGUGGACAAAUAUCUAGCAGGAAAUGGGACAUUUGUGGAAGUAGCUUUUUUUUUUACUAACUUUUUUUUUAAACUAAAAAGUAGUUUAGGGAUAAUAAACAACGGGGUAUGAGGAAUGGGGGUUUUCUUUGCAAUAAGUGGUAUCAUAUCCUGGUGGUUUGGAGAAUGAGAGGUGUAGAAGUUUUUGAACAAUAAGAGAAUUAAUUCCACAUAAGAAUAAUGGACAAGGCUGCACUGAUGAAAGCAAAUGAGUAGAAUGAGUAGUCUCUCUGCAAACCCUUUAUCACUUACAAUUUGGUGUUUCUGGUCCAAAAGAGGAUCUUGCAUCAAAGUAUAAUGUUCAAGGGUCCCAGUAUUCUUGUAAGUAUGUUUUUAAGAGCAUAGAUUGAGUAACAUUUAAUACUAAUAUACACAUAUUUUUUUUGCAUCUUGCAGUAGAUCAUAAUGAAGCAAAUGAAAGGAAAUGAAAUUGCUGGGACUUGCUUGAUUUAAUGCAGAUUUCAACUGCCCUAAUGGCAACUAUGAAUCAGACAUUAGUCACUGAGUUCUUUAUAAAAGGAUUUUCAGAAGCCCCUCACCUUCAGUCCUUGUUCUUUGUUUUGUUCCUCUCCCUCUAUACAGUGGCCCUUUCAGGGAACGUCCUCAUCUUUGUUACAAUCAGUUUUAACCCAGCACUGCACACACCAAUGUAUUUCUUCCUGAUCAAUUUAGCCAUGGUUGAUGUCCUCUGCACCUCCACAAUUCUUCCAAAAUUGCUGGAGAACAUGGUAAGUGUGAAGACCAUUUCCUAUGAAGGCUGCAUGGCCCAGCUUUUCUUCUUCACAUGGUCCUUAGGUGCUGAACUUCUGCUCUUUACAGCUAUGGCUUAUGACCGGUAUGUGGCCAUCUGCCAUCCCCUCCACUACAGCACCAUGAUGAGUAAGGGAGUCUGUAUGCUGUUAGCCACUGGUGUUUGGAUAAUCAGCAUCAUCAAUACUAGCGUACACACCUGCCUAAUGAUGAAACUGACUUUCUGCCACUCUAAUGUAGUCAACCACUUUUUCUGUGAGAUCCCCCCCUUACUCAAGCUCUCCUGCACCCCUACUUACCUGAAUGAAACCAUGGCCUUCACAGCAGAUGUGUUCCUAGCUGUGGGGAAUUUCAUGAUCACGAUGCUCUCUUAUGCCUGUAUUAUCUCCAGCAUUUUGAAAAUCCGCACCACUGAGGGCAAAAAGAGAGCCUUCUCUACUUGCUCCUCCCACCUCAUUGUGGUCAGCAUGUAUUACAGCACCGUCAUUUACACGUAUAUUCGGCCAUCUUCCAGCUACUCUUUGGAUAAGGAUAAAGUUGUAUCUGUGAUAUACACUUCAGUGGCUCCCACCCUCAACCCUCUCAUUUAUACGUUAAGGAACAAAGAAGUCAAAGUGGGACUCAAGAAAGUGUUCUUGUUCUUUAGGAGAUGAUGAGCCCUUGAGUCUUCUGUUGCUGUGAUUGAGGAGACUUCCAAAGACUUUCUAGUUAACUGGAAUCUAUAUUAGGAUUUGGACAGAGCCAAGAAUUACUAAUACCAAAAGCUUGUGUCUUCCAGACCAUGCUUUGAACUCUCAGAAAUGUUGCUGUGCUUCCUAAAAGGACUUUUAUUUACUGCUCAUGCUUCUCUGAGUUUGGAAUUUGGGGUUCGACAGUGGUCUGUUUAGUGAUGUUUUUCCUCUACUCGAUGUUAUGUAACAUGAUGUUAUUUGCUGAAACAAGUAGAACUUUGAAGCCUUUACCAAAAACAACUGAGGUCAAAUGGGAAUAAGAAACUUCCUAUUGCAAUAGUAGUUUCAUUUAUUGAUUAAAUCCUAAUAAGAGCUUCAGUGACUGAUGGAAAGAGCCCACUUGUGGUGAUGAAGGAGUGGGAUACAGAGUGUAUUCAGCUGUAGUCCUGGUAGGCUAUGCUACUUGUUAGUCAACAAGCAUUUAUUAAACACAUAGCAUGUAUCAGAUACUGUGCUAAGCACUGAGGAUACAAAAAAAGACAAAAAUGCAAGUCCUGUUUGCAAUGAGUUCUCAUCAACUGUCACCCAACCUUUCUCUGUAUCUGACUGGUUUUACUAGGAGAGAGAGGAAGAGGGAAGUGGAGAAAUAGAGAGAGAGAGAGAGAGAGAGAGAGAGAGAGAGAGAGAGAGAGAGAGAGAGAGAGAGAGAGAGAGAUUGAGAGACAGACAGACAGAGACAGAUAAAGAUGGCGCCUCAAUAAAAUUGUCAGCCACCUAUUCCCUAUGGGAUCCUGGGUAACUCACCUUUUGACAAACUCAUUUUCAUACUCUACAAAGAUAGAAAAUAUUUAUUUUGCCUAUCUCACAGAAGUGUCAGAAGAAUCAAAAGAGCAAAACCAUUUUGACACACACUCUCUCUUUUGAUCUUCAUAACAACCUUACAAGGAAAAGUACUGUCCCAUUUUACAAUGGGAAAAUACAGGCCCAGAAAUAUUCUGUGACUUGAAUAAAGCUACAAAAUAACUGAGUGGUAUAGCUUACAAUAGGGUCUUCUCUCAAAAUCAAAAAAAUUUCCACUUUACCAGGAUCCUUCCUUUAAAAAUGUAAAAAUGCUUUAAGAACUACAAAGUAGUAUAAAAACUAAGUAUUUUUCCCAUUUAAAAAUUGUUGUUCCAUCAAAAUAUCCACUUAACCACCAUAGUCCAUAUUAAGAAAGGUAUCAUUUGACAAAAAGGUAUUUGUAUAUAUAAACCACAUCUUAUUUCUAGUAAUCGGUUCUUUUUGUGGAUGUAGACAUACAAAAGUCAUUCUUUAAACAAUAUUUCUGUUUAUAUAUACAUAAUGUUCUCUUUGUUUUGCUCUUUUAAAUCUUCAUAAUUUUAUAUGUCUUUCCAUUUUUUUCAAAAUUAACCUGCUCAUCAUUUCUUAUGGCAUAGCAGUUUUCCAUCAUGAUCAUAUGUCAAAGGUUGUUUAACCAUUUCCCAAUUAAUAGGAAUUUCUUCCAUUUAAAAUUCUUUGUCACAACAAAGAGAGCUACUACACAUAUUUUAAAACCUACAGAUUCUUAUCCUUUUUCCCUGAUCACGUUAAGAAAUAAUCUUAAUUGUGGCAUUUUCUGGAUCCCUUUUAUUAUUAAAAGAUUAAUUCUCUUUUUGAAAGGUAAUAGAUCAAGUAAACACAAGUUAUUAAAAUUUAGUAGUAGUAGUCCAUAUAAAGUCCAGUACUAUGACUCAAAAAAUCAAAUGUUUAAAUGUAAGUUGUAGAAGGUUUAGUUGAAUAACAACUGAUGUUAAAAAAAAAUCCCUAUGGUUAGUCAACAUUGUAACAGGAAGCCAAAAAAAAAAGGAUUCAAUUUUAAUUUGUCUGACUGAAAGUCCAUUAUCCUGGCAAAAUGUCCUAAAGUACUCUGACCUGGGCAGGUCACACCUGGGGUAUUUUUCAGUUUUUUAGUUCCACUUUUUAGGAAGGAUAUUGAAAGUUGGCAUAUAAAAUUUGCGUGAUGAGUCGACCGGAAAGCACACCAUACAAAAACCUCUCAAAGGAACUAGGCAUUUUGAUAAAAAAGAGGAGAUCUGGAAAAGAUAUGAUCGCUGUCAUCAGGAAUUGAAAGGCUGUCAUGUCAAGGCUAAGUCCCAGGAAGAGAACUAAGAGUCCUGAAUCAAUGUUGCCAGUCAGAUUUUAGUUUAAUAUGGGGAAAAACUUUAGGUCUGACAAAAGGUGAAUAUAUUCUGAAGGAACUGGGUCACCUCUUUUUAGACCUUUUUAAGUGGAGGCUACAUGACCACUGGAGAUAGAGAGAAAUUCCUUCUGAAUCAUGGCAAACUAGAAAGUCUCAUGGUCCUUCCAACUCUGCAGUUCUAUGUCCCCAGUAUAAAUGAGUUUAUGAUAUACUUCUUAAAGGGACAGCUGAAAGAAAGAUUGUAUAAAGGGGAAGAUGGGGAGAGAGAGCAUCUAGACUAUGAGUAUUGCCUAGGAAGAAAUAUAUUUAAGUGAGGUACCCAGUGCCACCGAAAGGCAACCUGUAGUCCCUAGACACUCUGACCGGAAAUAUUAUCAUUGAAGGUACCGAAAGGAGCACUGUGAAGUUAGGAAGGGAGGAUUUGGAAGGCAGGAGAAGAGUGAAAACAUUUACUUUAUUGAUUUUUAAAGGACAAGCCCUGAUCUGCAAUCUUAGUUUCCUGGUUCCCUCUACUUUGAGGUAUAAAGCUCUGAAAUAGGGCUAGGAGAAUGCCUUUCUACUCAGGCUUUCAUAUUUCCACAAAGCUCCAUGGAAAUUGUAAAGAUAGUAACUACUUAAUGAAAGAUUAUUAUUGUUCAGUCAUUUCAAUCAUGUCUAAUUCUUUGUGAUCCUAUUUUGGAGUUUUCUUGGCAAAGAUAUUGGAGUAGUUUGCCAUUUCCUUCUCUAGCUCAUUUUAUAGAUGAGGAACUGAGGCAAAGAGGGAUAAGCCUUGGCCAAGGUCAUAGAGCUAGUGAGUGUCUGAGAUAAGAUUUGACUUCAUAAAGAUAAGUCAUCCUGAUUCCAAUCCCAGUGUUCUAUCCAUUGUGUCACCCAACUGCUCCAUUGAAAGAUAAUGGCUGGAAUUGGACCUGUGAUUACAUUGCUAUAGAGAGCUCUCUAAAUGAAGGAAAUUUGCCACACAAAUUCAAACUGAAUCUCUCUUCAAUGUAAAUCCCCUUAAUUAUGUGUCCAGAGAGUUAGAUUAAGUUACUUGUCCAGGAUGAUCUGCACUCCUUUUUCUCAGAGGUGAAGCCUGAGCUUACCUCUUUCUGAAUCCAGUCAUAUUGCUUCUCUAAAUGAGAGCUGGACCAAACACAAGUUUUUAUAUUUCUUGGGAUAAAAUUUGAGGAUUUAAGGUGAUACAUGAUUUUCCUGCUUUUUGUUGAUAUAUUUUCAAAUGUAUUUUUUCCAGUGAGCAAAAAAUUCAAUGAAGAAUAGUAUUUCCUAUGUGUUAUCUUUAACUGAUCCUUUCAAAACAGCAUAAGGAUAUGAGAUUAGGAUACUAGUGUCCACUGGGUUUGUAGGUAGAAUAUCAGAAAAAGAAUGAAGCAAAGGAAGAAGAGUGGAGGGGAAAGGAUGGGAGGGGAUGUUUCAAGAUAUACAGGGGAAAAGGUUAUGUGAGGCAGUAGGAUAUUAACAUUGCAAUACAAAGGUAAUUUGAACUCUAGUAGAAAACCCCAUGAAAUCUCAAAAGAACAUGAAACACUGGCAAUAUGUUCUAGAAUAGUCAAGAGAAAUUAAAAUUUUGAAAUCAAGUAGAAAAGUACAAAUGACAUAAUUUAUGAAUGCAUUUAAGAAAUGAUUAGUUCAAUAAGAAAGUUAAAAUCCAUGAUAAGGAAAGUCUAACUAAGGGAACAAAUGUGAUAAAAAUAAAAAAAGAAAUUUACUGAAGUGAUCGACAAUGUGGAAAAAUAGAAUAAAAUCAAUUGUAUUAAAAUUAUAUGUUUUCUAUACAAGUAAAAUAUAAUGUCUUGAAAAUAGGGUGAGGACCAUAGGACUUCCACAAAAAACUGUGAAGUCAAAAGACCUAAAUAUUCUAAUGAAAGAAACAAUACAAUGAAAUUGGUCCAGACUUUUGAAUUCAAAAGCAGAAACAAUAAAAGUAAUCUACAGAGCAUCUCCAGAAAUGAUACAUCUAUGGUACAAAUUUUAAAAUAUAAUUUUAGCUAAAAUUAAAAGUUAUUUCAGAGAAUGAUGGCAAGCCAUGAAGGAAGAUGCUUAAAUAUGAGAGAAAGAAAAUUGUUAAUAAUAGUUUUGUAUAGUUAUUAUACACUGUACAAUUAUAGGAGAAAAUACACUUAAAUAUCAAGCAUGUAGUUUAGUAAUCCUCAGAAGUAAUUCUAUUUCUCUGAAAUGUGUGUGUGUAUGGAAAAAUGUAGAUGAAUAUAAAUAUAAUGUAAAAGAGGAGGUUUAAAAAGAUGAAUAUCCAUGUAAAAAUGAGAACAAUGAAAAAAUGAAGACAAGAAAGCAAAUUGUAGACAUUAGUAGAGAAAUAAAUGAAAUCUAAAUAGUCAAUAGAAGUGAUAAAUCUAAAUUAAAUAUGAUUCUCUGAAGAGAAUAAUAUAAUUGAUAAGCAUUUAGUCAGUUAUAUUAAAAAUGAAGAAGAAAAUCAAAUCAACAAAACCAAAAUUUUAAGGAAAAAUCAUAAUAUAACCACUAUAAAACUUUUGAAUACAAACUAUGUACAAUUGUGUGCCAGCAAAACUAAAAAAGGAAUAAAUGCAGAUUUAUCUCAAAACCAUAAUGCCAGAGGGCUCAGAACACCUAACAAGCAUUUUACAAAUCUGUCUCAGCAAAAAAAAAAAAAGAACUAGCUGUAAGGAUACUAAUAAAGUGAGGCAAUAGGUUACGAUGGAUUUUCAGGAGAAUUAUAUCAUACUUUUAAAGAAAGUGAAUAUCUGUGGUAGAAACAAGAUGGCAGAAUAAAGAAGCAUUCAGCUGAAUUGUCCUAGAAGUCCUUUCUAAAUGAUGAAUUAAAAAAAAAAAACACCUCAAAUUGAAUUUAAGAGUGACUGAAGCAACAAAAGAUCAGAGUGAGGCAUCUUUCCACCUCAAGACAAAAAAUGAGAUCAGAAAAAGAGAGAUAUAUAAAAUGAGGGAUAGUCUGACCUGAGCCAAUGUGGAUGAAACACAUGUUUUGAGAAUAGAUGGUGAUAACAGAAGCAGGAGCAGUUUUGGGAGCACUUAAGCAAGAGACAGUGAGGGGGCCUGGCACCUACCUAGAAAAACAUUACAGGGUAUACUUCUAUCAACACUGGAUGUGUACUAUUUGGUAACUCCAUUGUUUGUACAAACUUCUGCAUAGUUUGAGAGUAGAGAGGAGCACUUUCAAUAAAGGGGAGUAGGAAGCCUGAAGGGCAGUAAAACUUAGAGUCUCAGGUGAUUAAGAAUUCAGAGGAACAGCAUUAGUUCCAGUCCCAAGGGAGCAGAGAACCAGGGGAGAAGUAUUAAUUACCAUCUCAAGAGGAGAGAUUAAGAACCCUUCUUGGGUAAGGAUCAGAGCUAAAAAAGCAAAUGAUAAAUGUUGGAGGGGAUGUGGAAAAAAUGAGAUACAAACAUGGUUGCUGAAAUUGUGAACUGAUACAACCAUUCUAAACAGAAAUUUGGAACCAUGUCCAACACUCUAUAAGACUGUUUAUACUCUUUGACCUAAUAACACCACUAUUUUAAUCUGAAAGAGAUGUAAAAAUUAAAUUAGUUUCUAAUAAUAAAAAUAUUAUAUUUUAUGAGGUUUAUUAAGGAUUAUUGCAAAUCAAGGAAUAAAGAAGAUACAAAAUAAAAAUGUGCCCAUGGCUGAUUAGCCCAUUCAAAAUCCCCGCACUUAGCUUAGCUUAUCACUAUACUUCCUACAUCAUUGCAAUGGCAGAAAGAGCAAACAUGGGAGGCACUACUGCCAGUUAAAUACCAAUUGUGAUCUCACCAACCUGGGGACUCAGGUGAGAUUAUGGGGAAUUCUGGGAAAUACCAAGGACUUCUGGGGAUUGAAGUCUGGGGUUCAAAAUCUCCAUUUUUACUCCCAACCCCCUGAGGUCUGAGGAAGACUAGUCUCUCCAAUGGGUCUUGUAAACAUAUCAACUUUGAAAUUACAAUAAUUUGAGGAUAAGAGGAAGAGAGAACAAAACAGAUAAUUGCUAGGUGCAUUGCCAAAAAGCCAGUUAGGGGGCAGUCCCUUUCAGCAUAAGCAUAAAAAACAAAUGCAUUCAAACCCCACACAGUUCAAACCAUCCCACCCUAAAGUUCACUCUGGAUCUUCAGGUGCAGUAUGUUGUCUGUGGAGGCAUCUUCAUAGUGUCUUCUCCAAACAGUUCACUUUCUGGAUUCAGAGAGGUAGCAUUUUUCUUAACCUAAAAUUACUCUCAAAAGGAAUUUAAACUUUUCAAUUUAAAAUAAUAAUAAUAAUUUAUAACCCCCCCCCCCGAAUAGGGUAAUUGAAAAACAUAGGGAUCACUCAGGGAUGCAUGGGUGAGUUAUGAGUUAUAUGAAUCAUUUGGCAAGAGAAAUCAAAAAAAUCCAAAUAAAAACCAAUAAUUUCUGGAUGAAAUAUAGACCACCAAAGUCUUAUGUGUAAAAAUUCUAAGUAAAGGAAAAUUAAAUCUAUAACAGGUUCUUGAAUAAGGGCCCAAUUAAAAUGAUAUAAGCAUUUACACAUUUACCCAGUCAAUAGCCAGGACUACAGAAAGUUGCCACAUUUUGAAAGACAAAAAAGGGACUAGAUUUUUAGGAGCCAGAUAGGAGCCAAAUUUGAGAUACUUGGUAGAAUGUGGAACAAGGAAGACCUGCCUUUAACACAUGUUAAACAGCCACAACCUCAAAACCCAAACAUGUUCAAUUCCUCUUGUCAUGGCUCAAAAUUUUCAUCAACCCAAUUGGGAUUGGUUCAUCUCUUUGACCUUGUGCUCGAUUGGCACUAUGAAGUUUAGCUUUGUGCUUCUUUGGCACUGUGCAAUGGCUCUUUUUAUAUUCUCUUGUCCUGGAAUCAGACAGAAUCAUUAGGCAAAAUCCCAUAAAAUUUUUAAAACAACCAAUGGCAUCAUUGUUAUAGUCUCAAGCUUUGGGGUAUGCAUUGACAUCAUAGCAAAUAUUUUAAACUUAUAUUACUGCUAAAUCAAAAAAGUUAAAGAAAAUCAAUACCGGUGACAUGUGCUUCAGACAUAAAAAGGAGAGAAAAAAUAAAAAACUGAAAUAGUAUAUUGUACAUGCAAGAAAAAUAUAAUAAUAAGAUUUUUAAAUUAAAAAAUAUAGCUUAUAAUCAUUGACAUGCUGUGUCAGCUAAGGAAAUAUAGAAUACAAAGUUUCUCACCAAAAAUGAGAUCCAUUUCCUCUUCAUACCUGGUCAUGAUCCACUGUGAGUACAAGCACAUGAAUUUCACAAAAUAACAGUUUUUUUUAUAAAAAACAGUAGUACAACAGGUAAUGUGCAUUCAAAAAGUACCAAAACCCCCCAAAUUCACAAUAGCCCAGUUAAUUACAAUAGCAAACAAACCCACUGUCAUAUUUCAUAUAAGUUGCUGAAUGACAUUUAAAGAAAAUGAAUACUUGUCACAAGUUUUUCAGGUGUAGCAAUAUUUCAACCUGGUAUGAGAUAUUUUUAAACAAAAUAAAACUUAUUUGGGUCUAGAUCAUCAUCAAGGAAUUUAGAGAUCAUUCUGGUGGAAGUAAAGUGAGCUGAAGAGUUAUGAGAGAUGCUCUCUUUUGGGAGCCAUUCAGGGUUACCAUGCCCUGGGAUUAACUUCCCAGCUCCUUUGGUAUGAGACUGUGAUGUCCCAUCCAUUCACAUUUUUAUAAAUGUGGGAGGUGGGGAUUAUAAUUGUAUUUCACUUCAGCUACUAAAAUGGACCUUACCUCCUGUUAGAGGCAAGCAAAAUGAUCAAAGUUGUUGAAAAAUAAUCUAAAAAUCAUGUCUAAAAGAUCCCAUAAAUCAAUUCGUGAUAUUUAAUUCAUUAAAAUUUCCAAAGGUUGUUAUUCAAUUGUAACCAGUUUUAAUGAAGUCCAUCCAUCCUCUAUGUGACAAUUUACAAAGGCAAAAUAGAAAAAAGUCUGUUUUGUUUUUUUAUAUGGGCUUAUUCAAUAAUGUUUGUUAAGUAUAGUUAUAGGGGAAAAGCAACAGUAUAUAACAGUAGUUAAAACCAAGUACAUUAAAAUGACUCAGUGUAACAGAACAGUAUUGAAUACAUUAAUAUAUGAACUUAAAACUAACAAAAUUAAAUCUUAAACAAAACAAUCAGCAAAAUGCAAUAAAAAUAGAUUUUUAUAAAACACUGGAGUCUGAAAAGCCUUAAAAAUAUAACCUCCUGUCUCUUUAAUUUUUUUUAUCCAUUGAGAUGCCUUUUGUCAGUAUUGUGGUAGGAUUUUCCAUAGCAAGGAUGAACAUGGGUUUUAGGAAUCUUAAAUUGGGUAGACCCCAAAUGGCAAAGAGUUGCAGGGAAAUGAAUAUCUUCCCUGAAUCUCAGGUAAGAAAAGUAAAAGUAUCAGUGCACUCAAAAAACCUCCUUUGAAAUAGGAAAUGCACUGCUCUCUCAUAGAAUACGCCAUACUUGUAACCUCCUGUUUGGAAAAGUCUCUUCCUUCUCCUCAUUCCCCACCUCCCCAGGUCCCCUACCAUGUGGAGACUAAUUGUUGCCUAAGGAAAGAACACUUCAGUUUUUACCAGUUGGUUGGUUUGUGAUUCUGAAGACACAGGGGCAGCUACCAAGCAGCCUGGGUCCUGGGGGUGGCCUGGAGUGAUCUGGGUCUGAGGCUGGAGAUAAGCUGGGGCCAGGGCCAGGGCUGGGCCAGGGUUGGGACUGGGGCAGGAGAGUGAUCUGGGUCAAGCAGGUCCAGAGUGGAGUGAAGCUGGAGGCAAGCGCGGAUGGAGCACAGAAGCAGGCAGCAGAAGCAAGCUGAAUCAGAAGCUUUGCCAGGGUAGGCGAAAAGUGUUGGCUGGAGAAACGUAGAUUUAAAGAAAAAUUAUCUAGGCUAUCUUUAAAAAAAUUGAGAAGUUCUUAUCCAAUCUUGUGGUUGCCAUAAAUUGUAAAAAUUAAAUUAUUUUCUAAUAAUAAAAAUAUUAUAUUUUAUGAGGUUUAUUAAGAAUUAUUACAAAUCAAGGAAUAAAGAAGAUACAAAAUAAAAAUGUGCCCAUGGCUGAUUAGCCCAUUCAAACCCCCCGCACUUAGCUUAGCUUACCACUGUACUUCCUACAUCAUUGCAAUGGCAGAGAGAGCAAAUGCGGGAGGCACUACUGCCAGUUAAAUUCCAAUUGUGAUCUCGCCAACCUGGGGACUCAGGUGAGAUUAUAGGGAAUUCUGGGAAAUACCAAGGACUUCUGGGGAUUGAUGUCUGGGGUUCAAAAUCUCCAAUUUUACAGAGAUUAAAAUUGGUGGGGGAAAUACUGAUUUGUACAAAAUAUUCCUAGUAGCUCUUUUUUGUGGUGGCAAAGAAUUUGAAACUGAGAUGUCAAUCAAUUUUGAAAUUACUAAACAACUUGUGCUAUAUGAUUAUGAUGGAAUACUAUUAUGCCAUGAGAAAUAAUGAAUAGGAUGAUUUCAGAAAACCUGGAAAGAUUUAUGUGUACUGAUGCAAAGCAAAAUGAACAGAAUCAGGAGAACAGUGUACACAGUAACAACAAUGUCAUAAAAGGAACUGAUGGAGUCUGAAUACAGACUAAAGCAUAUCAUUUUUCAUUUCAUUUCUUUCAUGAGUUUCUUCUUAUAUUUGCAAUAUACUUUUAUUGCAGCGUAUAAUUACUUGCUGUAUUAAAUGUACAGAAUUUUGAUUGAAAAUAUAAAAAAGAAUGUUUAAAACUGAUUCUAAAUGUAAUUUUAAAUAAAAAUAUGAUAAUAAAAAUGAAUUGAAAACAAAACAAUAUAACCCCAAAGAAUAAGUGAAUCAGAGAACAAAUCAUAGAAAUAAUUGAUUAUUUCAUUAAAGAAAAUGACAAAAGUGAGAGAAUAUUCAAAAAUAUGUGGGACAUAGUCAAAGCAGUACUUGGUGGGAAAUCUAUGUCUCUAAAUGUGUGCAUUAAUAAAAGAAAAAGAGAGAAGAUCAAAUGAAUUGGUCAUGCAACUUAAAAAAUUUAGAAAAAGAAGAAAUUAUAAAUCCCCAAUUGAACACUAAAGUAGAAAUCUUGAAAAUCAAAGGAGAGUUACAUGAAAUUGAAAGUAAAGAAAUCAUUAAACCAAUUAAUAAAACUCAGAGCUGGUUUUAUGGCAAAAGAACAAUAAAACUGAUUAACCAUUGGUUAAGUUGAUUAUAUAAGUUGAUAUAUAGAAUACCAAAUUUCUGGCAUCUGAAUUGUGAAGGGUGAAUAACAAUCAAUGAAAAAAAUUAAAGCAACCAUUAUGCCCAAUUAUAUGUCAGUAAAAAAGAUUAAGUAAAAUAGAUGAAUAUUUAGAAAAAUAUUAACUGUUCAAAAUAAGAGAAAAAGAAAUAUAAUACCUAAGUAACCUUAUCUUCAACAUACCCACUGAGUCUACUAAGAUGGUAAGACAAUUGACAGUAGUAUUCUACCUAUAUGACAAUUAGGACACUACAAUACAUUUGAUGUUGUGUUCCUGGUCAAUGAAAUAUGUAGAUGACAGGCCUCAAAAAUAAAAUAAUAUCUCCCCAUUCUUUUGAAAUAAAUGACCCCAUUAAAAUGUUAUAUGAACCCUUGGAAUCUACCUCUUCCAAAACUAAAAGAGGAAACUGAAGUUGACACUAGUCAGGAAAUUCUCGAAUCUGGAAUAGAAAAGGUGAAAUCUGAGAAUGUGCCCCUCCACAGAUAACGGAAGAGCUUCUCAGGCAAUCAGCCCAAAGAGGAGUCAAGUGAGACAAUCAGGGUAUAGGUUACUGGAAGAACAUCAUUCCUAUGAGAUCAUGUUCUCCUGGUUAUUAAAUCAUGGAGUUAAAGGAGAAGAUAUAGAUAGAGCCUCCAUAUGUGGCACAUGAAGGAAGUUCCGGGAUGUAGGAAGAUCCCUGAAGGGAAACUCUGACAGCUAUUUUAUUAGGAGAGUUAUCAUAGUGAUUAAAGAACACAAAUCCCUGAACAUGGGAAAUUAGGUAGGAUGAGGAGGCCUGUGGGAAGGGGAGAAUAAGCCCUAUAAAGAAAUAAUAAGAUCCCCACUGUGAGUCCAAGGACAGAGAAAAGGAAGACAAGAAUAAGGAGGAAAAACUAGCCCUUUAGAUAACCUGUUUCUGAACAAGACCCUGUGAAACUGCUUGUAUUUAUUUGGCCCUUUCUAUGGAGAAAAUGUGCUGUCUGCUUCUGUCCUGACCUGAUCCUUUUAAAAGAUUCCAAGGUGAAAUAAGGCCCAGCCUGAUGGCUUUGUCUUUCACAAUUGGACUGUCAUCCUCACAUGAUUCACACAUAGGAACUCGUUAUUUCAUGGAAUUUUGGAUACCAGGGCCCAAAUGACUGUGAUUCCAGCAAGCACCAAUUGUUAGAUGUACCCCUUUAAUCUAUUUUCUGAUAAGACCUCAAUAUUUGACCAAUUGUCACUGUCUGUGUAGGGCUACAUGAACCUCUUCAGUGAACUAUGAUUGUAGUCCUCAAAAUCAUCAAUCAUAGAUAGGAAAUGACCAUUUGUAAUGUUUGAUGAGAUCUGCUACCCACUGGGAAUGGCCCCACUAUCAGAGAGCUGUCCUAGUGUUAAUCAUUGUAGGCAUCUGGAUACUGACCUAUGACUCAACUAGCCUCCCUAUUCCCAGGGAGUUGGUACAACUGAAGCAAUAUUGGCUAUUUGAAGGGACAAGCAUGAAAAUCACCAAUAUCCUGGAUGCAGGGUUGAUAUGUGGAGUCCUGUUGAACAGCCCUGUCUGCUUAGUUGGCAAGCCAGGGAUACCUGACACUUAACAAUUGACUACAGGAUGCUCAAUAGGUCCUUUCCAUUUCUUCUGCAGUCCCAGACAUUGUGACUAGCAAUGACAACCAGAGCACUGCUCUUGUAGACAGCUAUGUUGCUUAUUUGUCUAAUGCCUUCAGUUUCCUUGUACCUGACAAAGUAUGGAGUAUAUCUUUAUUGUCUUUCCUCAAUGUGACUUGAGCAGACAGCCUCACAAUCUACCACCAAAGGGUAGUAUGAGGCUGGCCUCUUUGGCUAAAUCUCCCAUAGGGACAGUACUUCUUUAUGUUGAUGACCUCAUCCUGGUUGGACUGAGUGAGAAAAAUCUUUAGAAGAGUCUGAAGAACUUAUUGACUCUGCUAAAGGAUGACAAGUGGUCCAUCUGCCCUGUUAAGAUGCAGAGGUCUGCUCCAUGGAUCAGAUUUCUGAGCACUGUAUACCCAAAGUCCCUGUGGGACAUCCCUACCAAAGUGACAAAGAGGCUCCUUGCACUAAAAUUAUCCACCACUCUAAGAAAGACAUCAAGCAUAGCUUUGACUUUUGGGGGCUUCUGAAGACAACCUCAGUGGACUGUAAUUUUACAAUUUUGCUAGUUUUCUAGCCAAUCAAAGGUAAAAUUCUCCAUUAUUGGUCUGGGGAUUCAUUUCUCUUGCUGUAGUGAGUUCUUAUUAACUUUUGGAUGAUCUAUUUUGUUACAUACUGAAUUCAUCCUCAGCACUCACCCAUAAAGCUGAGUAUCAGCUGCCAUUGGGCCCUUUAAUUUGAGUACAUUUAUCCUAUGCAGCACCAGGAUUGCUAUUUAUAUAUUUGCCUAGUGGGAAUGAGUUAAGCCCAGGGACUUGCAUACAUGCUAUCCUUAUGAGUUGUAAGUAAUAAACUUUUGCUUCUAAACCCUCCAAAGUUCAAUUUGUUCUUUAAACUUCAACUAUCAAACAUUCAUCAUGUGGCACACAACUGAUAUUGCUUGUAAUCUGGGAGACUGGGGCUAUGGAAAUGUUUGAGAUUGGUAAUUCCAAGCUUUGGAAAAGAAUAAAGCUCAUCAUGGACCCAUACUAAGUCUAGUACCAAUGUGGUGAGCCCAUGGGAAGGAAUGGGAUGGAGUAAUAGUUGGGCACAGGUGGCGAAUGGCCCAGAUUAAAAAGAAAUCAAAUUAAAGUUUCUGUGCUUAUCACUAGUAAAUAAGAAAAACCCCUUCAUCAAACUAAAACUACAUACUAUAUAAACUAUCUGGAACUCAAUUCAUUAGAAUUCUUGUUAAUUCUUCUAAAAUCAGUCUCUAAGAUCUUCAGUUCUAAUAAUCCUAGAUUCUACUUUAAGCAUAUUGCUGAGGACCCAAAUGAAAAGUAAAUACUGAGCAAUAUUAAAUUCUCAUUUUGCCAAUUUUAAUCCAUAAUAUAUUCACCCCUGGAAUUAUGGUUGCUGAUGCAGUCACUUAUAGUAAGUAAUCUUUAAGUAUUUGAAGACCUGUCAUCAAUGAGAGGGAUUAAGUUUUCUAUUUGGCAUCCAGAGGUUAUUUAUUUUGGUUAGCUAUAAGGGAAAUCUUCAUAACAAUUGGAGGUAUUCAUAAAUGCGUGAGGCUCUCUCCAGAAAUCUCAGUCAAGGUCUUUAAACAUAGACAUUAGAUGUUUUAGAAGAGAUUUGUAUACAGGCAUGGUUUGAUAUCCAUAAUGUAUAAAUUUUCAUCCAUCUCUGAAAUUCAAGCUAAUAGAAACUUGGAGUUCAGUUUAAACAAGAGGUUGCAUUGAAAGAAAAUACAGAAGAGUCUGUGUAAAUUUGUUAAUGUUUAAUCCAUCUAAAAUUACUCUUUAAUUACCUUUAUUGAUGUUUUAUUUUACAUUACAAAUAUUUAUAUAUUCCUGCCACUUUAUGAACCAUGUAACAAAAUAAAACUAAUAAUUCAGUGAUUUCAUCUGAAAGUUCUUGCAACAGUUAGUAUCUUUAACAUCUCCAUCUCUUUAUUUUAACAUAAUUAACAGAAAAUCUAGCUUGUACCUUUCUUCCUUCCUAACCCUAUUGAGAAAAAAGAAAAACAAAAAUAGGUGUAGUAAACAGAAGAAACUCCCUCAAUGGCAAUAUGAAUUACAUAGAAAUAUAGUAUGUAUACACAUACACACAGUGUUCAAAGGAAAUUUGAUGCUCAGUAACUUAAAAAUUCUAAACAGCUUUUGUGAAUAUUUUUUUUUGCUGGGAGGCAUUAGGCCACAAUGCCUUGACAGAGACACAUAUGCUAAGGAGGCCACAGAGUGGCCCUUGGCAAGAUGUGAUUGCCCACUCAGUCCCCCUUGCAUGACCUCUCUCAUCAAUGUCCCUUACCUAUGGAAUUGAAAUGACUAUCAUUCCCCCUAGUCUCAGAAGGAAUAAUGCAAGAGCAAAAUACCUGUACCCUAAUUCUCUAAAACAUCACCAAAAGAUCAGACCCUCAAACCCAAUCCCAAAUGACUACCAUGGGUUAACUUUUACUUAGGUAGAUAACUCACAGUAAAAUUGUAGCUACAAGUCAAGCCCAGAACUUUCCCAUGCACAGAAACUUAUUCUCAUGAAGCCAGCACACAAAUCAAUCAUAAAGGCCCAUAGAAAAUGUAUAGGUACACUAAGCUUCAAUAUGCCUCAGUGACUUGAUUUCACAAACCAGUAACUCAGAAACUACCUAGUAAACCCUGAAAAAUGACCAGUCUAAUAUUAAAUCUGAAUUGUGUUCCCAGUUCCCUUCAUCCUCAAUGAUGUGAUUAUUGAAUUGCCUUUAAGAACUUCUGAUUGAUUAUUUUCUUUUUUAUUAAAAGUAAUAAGUAAAUUUCCUUGAUUGUUUGUAAGCUCAAAACUCCUCACAGGGUAACGAGAAAAUUAAGCCACCUGUGAUGGAAUCAUUUAUCUUGUGUAAAACCUUUAUGCUGUCAAGAAUCUGUAAUCACAAUACAAGAAUAUAGAAUGUUAAUCAAGUGAUUUGUUAAAAGUUAAUGUAUCACUUUUCCAAUUAUCUCCAUUUAGACAUGUGUGUUAAGUAAUGUAUCUGUGUGCCCAGAAAAUGGGCAUAAAAAUAAACAUCAAGCCUGGGGAUUAUGGAGCAGCUAUCAGAUGCAAAGCAUGCCCAUGGCUGUAAAUAUACAGCUGUCUUCCAUUUGUUAAUUUCUGGACUGAUCGUUCACCACCUGUCGGGAACCCCUGGAGUAGCAAAUGAGGCUGGACCUUGCCCGUGGCAUUUCCUACCCAUUCACAGUCAUUCUUUUUUAAAUUAAAUUAUUUGUUGUUUCUAUGAUUUAUUUUGACCCAAUCAUUCUAUAGAAUUUAGUUACUUAGUUUCCAGUUGAUCUUUAAUACUUUUUCUAGAUUAAUCCUUCCUUAAACAAC